AUGCAUAUAAGAAAGUUGACAGCUCGAGGUGAUACGGUCGCCAUAUUACUUGGACUGGAUUUAGGUGCGAGGGGUGAGCCAGCCUCGUGUAUAGACAGACUAUGUUCGGGUGAGACCUGCCGGGACUCACAACCACAAGUUGGCAGUCAUUGGCUAUACAGUGCUAGGGAAUCAGUUCGAUGA